AUGGUGGAAACAGUGAUGUUGAAGGAGACAACAAUGUCUACUGUUUGGAAGAAGAUAAUAAAAGCAAUGGUGGCAAGUGUUGACAAGAACAUAUACAUAAACCGCAAACCUCAUUUAUUUCUCACCAAUGGAAAAGAGGUCGUGAAGCUAACUUCUAAACAAAUCGAGGAUGUUAGGGAUAUUGGAUUUGAAGGAUUGCUCAAGAUGAAGCCUUUGGUUGAUAUGCAGUCUCAGGGUAUAAAAUUCAUGACAAAAUUAAGGCCAAAUGUGCGAAAUUUCCUCAAAGAAGCAGGCAAAUUGUUUGAUUUCUCAAUUUUUACAUUUGGAACACGCGGUUAUACAAGACGAAUAAUAAAGUUACUCGAUCCUGAUGGAUUGUACUUUGCUCAUUCACAAGUGAUCACAAGAGAAGAUCUCGUUACGCCGCAAUCAAAGAAAAUUCCACUUAAAAAAGAUCUCAAUUUUGUGUUGUCACAUGAAAAGGUUGUUUUAAUUGUGGAUGAUGAUAAAAAAGUAUGGAAGAAUAAUACUGAAAAUUUGAUUGAUAUAAGUCCAUAUGAGUACUUUGAGGGUAAUAUAAGUCAAGCCGUCUCUUCUAGUAGAGAACGAGUUCGAUUGGUAGUAAGUGGAGAGAGUGAUAUGUAUGGUGAAUUAACAAGAGUUGAAAAAGAUUCAUCAGAAAUUUUACGAUAUCAAAGAGGACAAUCAAGAUGUGAGGGUUGUAAUUAA